UUCUCCGCCCACCUGUCGCUCAUCUGUGCAUCGCUCUCCUAUUGGCUGUAGGUGGAGAAGGGCGGUACGAAAGGAUCCGCCCACACGCAGCUCUCCUGAACCACUUGAGGAGAGCCUCGGGAAAAGUGGCGAGCGCGCGGACGGGGCGGGUCGGCGCGACAUGCAGCUGCGGUGGUAGCGCUACGAGUGCGUCCGCGUGACACGGCGCGCGCGGCACGGCUCGUGCCUGUGGAGCGAUGUCGGCUUAACGCCAACAAGUAUUUUAUUUCCCCUCCCGUGAGACUAAAGAAGCAUGUUUGUACCGUGGAUUUUUAUAGAAGUCGUGGGAGGCUGCGGGACGCCGAGGAUCUAAUUGGGAAAUUGGGCAAAGUAGAGCAAGUGGAAUAACUGCGGAAAAGCCUUUUUUCUCCAUCAUCCUGCGCUCUCCAGGUGGAUGUGGACCGCGGCGCUCGCGCUGAGCCCCGCGGGACUGACUGCGCUGCAGCCUCUCCUUUCUUGGAUGUAAAACGAUAAAGGCUUCGUUUGUCCCCUGUCCCCUUCCCCAGCCUCCAACAUCAUCAUGACUUCACUAACUGGGAAUAAAGACAGGUCCUCUGCGAGCACCAGGAGUCGCAAAUAUGGGAUGACAGAUUCUUCUCCCACCAAAUCCGCCUCCUUCUCCCCGGAGACGUGGUACCGCAAAGCCUACGAGGAGUCCCGCUCGGGGGGUCGACCUGCCCCCGAAGGUGCGGGCUCCAUUCCCGGUUCGUCCGGUACACCGUCCCCUGGAUCUGGAACCUCCUCCCCCGGCUCCUUCUCGGGCUCCCCGGGCACCACGUCCCCAGGGAUCGGCACGGGCUCUCCUGGGUCUCUGGGCGGAUCCCCGGGCUUCGGGACGGGCUCUCCUGGCUCGGGCAGCGGCAGCUCGCCGGGCUCCGACCGCGGCGUGUGGUGCGAGAACUGCAGCGCGCGGCUGGUGGAGCUCAAGAGACAGGCGCUCAAACUGCUGCUGCCGGGACCGCUGUCCAGCAAGGACCCCUCAUUCUCAGUGUUACUACACGACAAGCUGCAGGUACCCAACAGCACUCGCAAGGCCUGGAAUGAACGCGACAGCCGAUGCGACGUUUGCGCAACGCACCUGAACCAGCUGAAGCAGGAGGCCGUCCACAUGGUCCUCACCCUGGAGCAGGCCGAUAGGUCACCGGGCUCGCCACCGCCAGGCCUGGCGGGGCCACGCAGCUCUGCUCCCCGUGACUGGGCCUACUUGCCCGCAGUCUGCCACGCCCCCAGCUCGUCCAGUUCCACUCCGCCCCCCGCUGCUGGCGUGUAUAGCAGCUACCCCAAGCACGGGGCAAAGCCCAACAGCCUGGGAGUGAGUGUCGGGAGCCGAGGGGAAAAGAAGAAUGGCUCCCCGGAUCACACAGGCAAGCAAGGGCCACCGCCACAGCCUCACCUGCCCGGCAGCCCUGGGAAUGGCAACAGCAACAUCCUCACGUCUAGCACCCCACAGCCACAUCAGUAUCUGGAUGGCACCUGGUCCAUGUCAUGUGCCAAUGGGGUUACGCUAUACCCUUACCAGAUUUCCCAGAUGGUUACGGAAGCGGGCCGGGAGGGGCUGACGGAAGCCGCGCUGAACCGCUACAACGCGGACCGACCCUCCCCGUACAGUUUCCUCGGCCCGCAGACAACCCCGACUCCCGCAGCACCCUCCAGCGGAACUUCUGCUGCCGCCUCCUUCUUUGCCAGAGCUGCCCAGAAGCUCAAUCUAUCCUCUAAGAAGAAGAAGCAGCAGCGGUCGGCCCCGCCCCCGGUGUGCGACCCGCCCCUGUUCCCCACCAACUUCAGCGGCAUCCUGCAGACUUGCCCGCCCCCCGCGCCACCCUGCUUGCUCCGCGCCAUCAACAAGGUCAAGGACACGCCAGGCCUCGGCAAGGUCAAAGUGAUGCUGCGGGUGUGCCCAGCAUCCCCAGGGGACACUUCUGAGUCCAGCUCCUUCCUGAAGGUGGACCCACGCAAAAAGCAGAUCACCAUAAUGGACCCGGCAGCCAACGGCCCACAGAACUCUUCCCACAAACGGGGUGGGACCAGCCAAGUACCACCCAAGAUGUUUGCCUUUGAUGCUGCCUUCCCACAUGAUGCAUCCCAGGCUGAGGUGUGCGCAGGGACAGUGGCUGAAGUCAUACAGUCUGUCGUCAACGGGGCGGACGGUUGCGUCUUCUGUUUUGGACACUCCAAGUUGGGCAAAUCGUACACCAUGAUCGGGAAGGACGACUCCACGCAAAACCUGGGCAUUAUCCCCUGUGCCAUCUCCUGGCUCUUCAAGCUCAUCAAUGAGAGGAAAGAGAAGACUGGUGCCCGUUUCUCAGUGCGUGUCUCUGCCGUGGAGGUCUGGGGAAAGGAUGAGAACCUGAAGGACCUUCUGUCGGAGGUUGCCACAGGCAGUCUGCAGGAUGGCCAGUCUCCAGGGGUUUACCUGUGUGAGGACCCCAUCUGUGGAAUGCAGCUUCAGAACCAGAGUGAGCUGCGUGCCCCCACAGCAGAGAAGGCAGCCUUCUUCUUGGAUGCAGCAAUUGCCUCACGCCAUGGCGGCCGGCCCGACUGCGAUGAGGAGGAGCACCGCAACUCGCACAUGCUCUUCACACUACACAUCUACCAGUACCGCAUGGAGAAGAGCGGGAAGGGUGGCAUGUCAGGCGGACGGAGCAGGCUGCAUCUGAUCGACAUGGGCAGCUGUGUGAAGGUGCUGAGUAAGACGCGUGACAGCGCCGCUGGACUCUGCCUCUCUCUCUCUGCCCUGGGCAAUGUCAUCCUGGCCCUGGUCAAUGGCAGCAAGCACAUCCCGUACAAGGACAGCAAGCUGACCAUGCUUCUACGGGAAUCUCUGGGCAAUAUGAACUGCCGAACCACCAUGAUUGCCCACAUCUCUGCCUCACCCAGCAACUUCUCUGAGACCCUUUCUACCAUCCAGAUUGCCUCACGGGUCCUACGAAUGAAGAAGAAGAAGGCUAAACAGUACACAUCAAGUUCUUCUGGUGGUGAGAGCUCCUGUGAGGAGGGACGAAUGCGCCGACCAACCCAAUUGAGAACAUUUCACUCCCGAAAUGUGGUUGAUCCCGACAUGCCCCUUCUACACCUUGCCAGCGAUCCUGAUGACUACUCCAGCAGUGAACAGUCAUGUGACACGGUCAUCUAUGUGGGCCCUAAUGGCUCUGCCUUGUCAGACAAGGAGUUAACAGACAAUGAGGGUCCACCUGAGUUUGUGCCCAUUAUCCCAUCCCUGCAUAAGAACAAGAUGGAGCAAGGGAAGCCAAUGCAGCAGCAACAGACUGUUCCACAGGAGCUGCAGGCCAUGCAUCUACCACGGUCAUUGCAGCAGCUCCAAGUAAUCCAUCACAACCAGCUGCAGCAGGUACCAGAAGAGGGCGCUGAGUCUGGGAAGCAGGAGAAAGACUGCCUCAAGUGCAAUACCUUUGCUGAGCUUCAGGAGCGGCUGGAGUGUAUUGAUGGGAGUGAGGAGAUCAGCAAAUUUCCUUUUGAGGAGCUGUCAGCCAACCGGGUCACUAGAUUCGAUCCUAUGUCAGCCCAAAGACCAGAAGUCAAAAGCAGUGGGGAUUCACGCAUUGCUAAAAGAAUCACGAAUGACCAGCAGCUUGAGGAGAUUCAAGAAGUGGUUGAAGAAGCAGAGAUUGCUAAGUCCAUUAUUGAAAGCUUGUCUAUGGCAAGCAGCUCUACUGUCUCUAGUUGCAGAAAUGUGACAGGGAGCAAUACCAUACAAUCCACCCAUCCUCAGAGGAGCAAGAGUCCAAUCAUGCAUGACAGCAAGGAGACUAUCAGUAGUUCUGUUUCCAGUGAGAGCAAGCCACGGCCAAUGGGUUCUCCAAGACUUGGCAUCGCAAGCUUGACCAAAACUUCAGAGUACAAACCACCCUCUUCUCCUUCACAGCGUUGUAAAGUAUAUACCCAGAAAGGUGUUGUACCUGGCACACCCCCCUCCUCAACACAGAUGCUGACCAUAGACAGCAGGAGGUCCUCAACUGAAUCUUUGCUGCAGCCAGAGUCCAGGAUCUCACCUAUUGGUAUGAGCCCACAGGUGAUGAAGAUGUCCUCCUCCUCAACUAGCAUGGGGUCUGCUGAAACCCUGGCUGAUGACUUCCCACAGCUGCCUCUAGAUGAAAAGAAGGAGGUGAAGAACACUACAACCGUGACAGUGCAGCAGCCACUGGAGCUCAAUGGCGAAGACGAGCUGGUGUUCACCAUGGUAGAAGAGCUCACCAUCAGUGGUGUUAUGGAAAAUGGCAGACCAACCAGCAUCAUCAGUUUCAACAGCGACUGCUCAGUGCAAGCCUUGGCCUCAGGUUCUCGGCCUGUCAGCAUCAUUAGCAGCAUUAGUGAGGACCUGGAGGGAUUUCCAAGUGUUAACCCUGCUGCCAUCUCUGAGGUCAGUGUAUCCAAAUUUCUUCCUGUCUCCAGGCCUGAGGAAGAGACUCUCUCAGGUCAACCUUCUUCCAUAAGCUCAUGGCUUAGUGAAAUGAGCACUGGCAGUGAUGGAGAACAGUCAUGCCACAGCUUUGUCAUACAGCAGUACUAUGGACAUGGAGAAGCUAUGGCUGAGCCACAGCAGCCUGAUCUUUCAGAGGUGAGCCAGUGUCACAGUCUCAUGAACCUUCAUGGAGAGAAGAGUCCAGAACAUCAAGGGAUACUAACUGAUGUUGACAGCGUUAAGGAGAAAAGCCCAUCAAGCAAGGACAAACUGAAAAAGAUGGACUCAGUAGGGAAAACAAGUGCUUCCCUUUCUAACAUGCAAACAUUUGGGAGCUCUGUUGGCCUCAAGACCAACAUCACCAUUCACCCUUGUGCUGCAGUGAAACCAAUGGUUAUGCAGGAAUCAGGUCAAGCGUCCGCAUUCAUCAAAAAUCCAAAAUCAAAAGAGACCAAAACAGCUCCUGUUCCUGUUUCUUCUGAGGUAAACUUUGAUGACCCUUGGAUGAAACGAGAUGAGGAUGAGUCCAAGGUAAAGGAACUGGUGUGUGAGGUAAAGCCAGAGAAGAGGAGUACAAACCCGACGACUAACUGGAAUCCAGCUGACAGGCUUAGCUCAAGCAGUGGAGAGGUGGCGAGCUCUCCUGACACCUUGAAAAGAGUUGUUGAUGGCUGUGAAAUGGUCCUGAACCCAUCAGAGACCCUUACUCCAGUGUAUACAGCUGGCGUCCUACGAACAGCCAGUCUACCAAGGGGGUGGAAUCGUCUGAACAGACAGGAUGACCUUGAAGAAGGCUCAGGGCGUUGCAUGAAUGGAGAGUACAAAGGGUUGGGGGUCACCACCUCCACACCUUGCAGUCCCAGGGCCACGCUGGAAAGAAGGGGAUCAUCUGGAAAGCAAGGCCUGUUUGCACGACCAAAAGGAAUCCCCCCUUUACCACCAGUAAGGAAGUCGAGUCUGGAUCAGAGAAACAGAGCAAGCCCACAGCAUGGUUCAGCCAGCACUCCAACAUUAAACCAAACUCAGUCUCUCUUAGGUAGCACCCCAGAGGAUUUGGGCAGUAAUGGCAAACAGAAAGGACCCAAUGUAGAAAGCAGUAGACUCUUCAGUGCUAAAUUGGAGCAGCUAGCAAACAGAACCAACUCCCUGGGAAGAUCCAAUGCAGGGCACUAUGAGUAUCUGUCCCUAGAGAGGACUGAGAGCCUAACCUCUGUUGGUUCCAAAAACAGCACUGGGAGAGACUGCACCAUGCCCCGUACAGGUCGUAGUUUCAGCCGUGGCUCUGUGUCCUCUCCGACAAAUGGGCCUAGCAGCACACCGCAGUCACCCAAGGGAAGCCAGUCAAAAAUCUCUGCAGUUAGCAAGCUCCUAAUGGCCAGUCCGAAAGCCCGCAGUCUGUCAGCCUCUAGCACCAAAACACUGAGCUUCUCCACCAAGUCACUCCCACAGUCUGUCAACAGGAGCUCCAGCCUUCCACCCAAUGGGAAGGUGCAGAACCAGAGUUCCUGGUCUACUCAGUCCCUGAGCCGCAGCCGCGGGUCUGGGCUGGCCUCAAAGCUUCCUCUUAGGGCUGUGAACGGCCGCAUUUCUGAGUUGCUGCAGGGCAGCGGGGGCUCCCGCGCUGGACACUCUCGGGUGGCCUCCGAUUCAGAGGAAAGAGUAGGCAUCCAAGGUGAGGAGAGGCCAGUGGUACACACUCUGCCAUCCCCCUACAGCAAAAUUACAGCCCCCCGCAGACCGCACCGAUGUAGCAGUGGGCACGCCAGCGACAACAGCAGCGUGCUGAGCGGGGAGCUGCCUCCCGCCAUGGGGAAGACAGCACUGUUCUACCACAGUGGGGGCAGCAGCGGUUACGAGAGUAUGAUGCGAGACAGCGAGGCCACUGGCAGCACCUCCUCCGCUCAGGAUUCCAUGAGCGAGAACAGUAGUUCUGUCAGUGGACGCAGGAGUCUGAAGAACUCAAAGAAAAGAAACAACGCAGGAUCUCAGCGGAGACGUCUGAUCCCUGCGCUGUCCUUGGACACAACAUCACCAGUCAGGAAGUCCAUCGUCAGUCCUGGUGUGCGUUGGGUGGAUGGACCCCUUCGGCCCGCUCAGCGCGGCUUGGCAGAACCCUUUGAGAUCAAGGUGUAUGAGAUUGAUGAUGUGGAACGCUUGCAGAGGAGGAGGGGCGCCAGCAACAAGGAGGUGGUCUACUUCAGUGCCAAGCUGAAGAUCCUGGAACACCGGCAGCAGCGCAUCUCCGAGGUGCGGGCCAAGUAUGACUGGCUGAAGAAGGAGCUGGAGCAGACCAAACAGCACCUGAUGCUGGCACCGGAGAAGUGGACCAGCGAAUUUGACUUGCAGCAGACGUUUGAAGUGGACUCCUUGGAGUACCUCGAAGCCCUGGAGUUCGUCACUGAGCGCCUGGAGAACCGGGUCAACUUCUGCAAGGCCCACCUCAUGAUGAUCACCUGCUUUGAUGUCACCUCCAGGAGGCGGUAGGAGAGAGACGGCAUUCGCCGUCACCAUAGCAACGUUGAUUGAUGGCGGGACCAAGAGUUUGUACAGUACAUCGGUAAUCUGGUUUUCUGAUAGGAUGCUGAGAAACACGAAUAAAAGUACAAAACUGAUAUUUUUCUAAAGAGGCAAUAGGGAAGGCUAUGGAAUAAAUGGGAAAAUGUGGAUUAUUGCAGCCCGAGGAGGAGAACUCCUGUCAGCAUGAAAGAGCACUUUUUUCAAGGAACUUUUUGAAUCUACGGUUGUAAAUAUGGCAUUGCAUCGAAAAAGACUGACACAGGUGGAUAUUGCAUUGAUGAAAAAAAAGAGUUAAAGAGGAAGGAAAAGGACAAACAAGUGCCUUGGGAAGACCGGUAUCAGAACAUUUCCCUAUUUGUGGUGCUAGGUUAAGUAGUUUAGAAAAUAAAACUAAAAAGGAAAACACAGCUUGUUUUAUUCGGUGUCUAAUCUUUCUGACUUGCUGUUUAUCGGUAAUUUGUACUUGUAAUGUUAUAUACUAGUUGAAGAGCAGCAUAUUAUAGCCUGUUAUGUGUAUGUUUUUUUAUUAUUCUUUUUUAAUUCCAAAAAAAGACUAUGAGACUGCUCAGAGUGCAUGGGCUUAGAGAAAGAGGGCAGCAAAAUGAGGGGACAAAACAAAGAAAAAUAAGAAUGUGUGCAAAGAAACAUCAUCAUCAUCUGGUUUUUACCUCCCGUAGCUCGACCGGCAUUUUUCCGCGACACCCCGCCUGGAGCCCAUAAGGCCGUUUCUCACGGAAAGGCAGCGGUCGAGGAGCUUAAACGAACGUAACGGCAGGGGACGUCUCGGCCGUGGAAGACGGCCACCGUUGUGUUAACGUCAAUAUAAUCGGUCCAGCAGUCGGAUUUUGGAACAUGCUACCAUUUUAACUUGCAGCUUAACCAAAAAAAAAAAAAAAGAAAAAAAAAGACCCGCCCGCUUCAAAAAUGCUAAACACCUGAUUAGCUAACGCAUCAAUUAACAUCUAUUUUAACGGAUUUGCCCGGUCUUCUACAAAGAAAACCCCAUUCACUCUGGGCGGCCUUGCUUUUGUGGUGCAUACACAUUUGGUAAUAACUGUUAAUAUAUGGUGCUUGAGACAGUUUCAGCUAUAAAUGUUUAUAUGUAGCUUGUUUCCUAUGCUAUUGUUCGCCCCCCCCCUCCCCCGCUUCUUCACCUUGGCCCCCCACCGCAUUGUGAGAGUCAGGCAGCGGAGACUGAUAGGAUUUCCAGCCCCUCCUCCGAACCUUUAUCAUAGUAAGAAAUGAAGGACAUUAUUUAUUUGUAAACUCAGGAGGCCUGUUGUAACAGAGUUGCUUAUAUUGUAUAAUUUAUUUACAUAUUAUUGUUGCAAAGUGCUAUGCAUAAAAAAUGUACAGUUGCUGAGCCCAUCCUUCAUAUAUAAAUAUAUACAUAUAUUGCCUUCCGUUAUUUUUAAAUGUUUUACUAAGCAGAAAUGUCCUUUCUUCAAAUUCACUGUCAUAUCAUAAGUUGUUUAAAAGUUCGUCCUUCUAUGCUUGUAUGCUGACAUUCUUGCUUAUCAAGUCCAUGUUUAUCGUGUAUUUUUUUUUUUUUUUUUUCCUCCCCCCCUCAUGCCCACUUGCAUCUUUAACCACUCUUGGCUCACUGAAGCCAGCGUGUACCAUGAGGUGGUUCACAGAAAACUCUGAAAAGAACAUUGAUCCACUUGCGUAGACCUAAAUGUUACGUUCGCAAACAGGGUGCUGGGCAGAGGCCUCACUUUCUGAUGUCAAAGUGGACUUUCGUCUUUUUGCGUCGAUACACUACGUACCGAGAGCUCUCUAUUGAAAUGGCCAUGAUUUGUGUGAAAAGUCUGAAAAUGAUCAACUCCAGGGUGAAACUGGAUUGCACGUGUACGACGGACACCCGGACUGAACAUCGCUGCCUUUGGAAUAAAAAUGAGCUGAAGAGUUGAAACGAGAAUCGUAUGGGAAAUGAUAACUUAUGUAAAUAAAGGAUGAACUGGGAAAAUGCCUCAUUUUGUUACUCUAUAAAUGCUCGGAUUGACAUCCUU